AUGAAAUUUCCCAAGUGCAUGCUCAGAAGAUCCAAUUAUCCAGGAAUUUUAACCAGAACCUACAAUAGUCCUCUAUAUCCCAGCAUUCGUAGGAUCAUGUCAGAUGCAUUCCCGGAUGUCGCCUCUCGCCUGGAGCGUUUCCAAGAAGCUCAGGAAUCACUGUAUGGCGACCUCCGCUCUAUUGCGAACCCCCAAGAUUGGACUCCACCCCAGCAGUCUGGAGGUCAUCGCGGUCGAUACCUCUGGACUGACGCUUUCGGUGUGAUCAACUUCAUCACCCUACACCUUCAAACAGUACAUGACGUGCUGGGGCGCACGCGGGAUGGCCAAAGUCGCCUUCCUGGCGCAACAGACGACAAUCCGAUGGGUGGUGGACUGCGUAUUGGUAAGAUAGAAGAACACGGCUCAGACGGUGAUGGCCAAUACCAUCACUAUCUAACCAUAUGGAUGUUCGCCCUCAACCGGCUAUCGCUGGCAACAGGUGACCCAACGUACAAUCGGCAGGCGAUAGCGUUGGCGAAAGCCAUUCACCCUCGAUUCUUCAUCGGACGCCAUUUGUCCCGGCCGCGGAUGGUGUGGAAGAUGUCGAUGGAUCUGUCCACAGCCCUGGUGGCUUCGGAGGGUAAUCUGGACCCGGUCGAUGGCUUUGUAACGUUCCGGUUGUUGCAGGCGGCAGCGAUGCAGAUGGGCGAGGGCGAAGUGCUGGCUAACGAGAUUGCGGAUUACAGGAAGGUGAUGGAGAGAAAAGGAAAGCACUUUGUGACGAGCGAUCCGUUGGAUCUGGGGAUGAGCCUGUGGACAGCACAUUGGUUCGCAGAGAAGGAGGAUUGGGCAACACAAUUGUCCGGUGAAUGUUUUGAGCACAUCUAUGAGCUUUUUGAGAUUGACCGUUACCUCGAUCGCAGCCACAAAUAUCGCCUGGCUUUUCGGGAAUUCGGAACUUGCAUGGGCAUCAAAUGCAUGUCAGAGCAAUCGACCGAGAAAGAAAGCGCAGUCGAUCUCAAGGUGUAUGCUGACAAGAUCCUGGACUCGUGGAAUAUAUACAUGCAAAAAUCACUCGCAACCAAAAUGACGCCGGAUGAUCUUCGCCCAAUCACGCGGGUAAUGUACGCAUCGGCAUUGCUACCAGGAGCUUUUGCUCGCGGGUACUUAGGGCCAGAACCUAUGCCCAGCCCAGAGAGGUAA